AUGACUGUCGCCGUCCCCUUCCUCUCAUCCUCAAUUCCUGCUGCAGACCAUACUGCGUUGGACAGUCUCUCUGACGACGCCGUCCGCGCAUGGGUUCUUAUCCGAGCUCAAGAGUACCGCGACAUCGCCCUAGCCCUCCUCUCCAUCUACAAUGCCGUCGCGCCCAUCCACCGCGCCUUCCCCACAGAAACUCCCCGCCUAUGGGCUGCUGCCCUCGCGGCACCUGGAAAGCUGCUCUCCCAAUACCAGGGAUGUAGAUCCAGCCGCGGCGAUUUCGCAGCCUUUGCCCUCGAACGAUCUUCUCCUCAGCCUCUUCGUCUCAAACUUUACGACUUCCCCGAUCACAUUGGCCACACGCUCGUCCCACACGCUGUCCGCCUCGUUGAUCUCUACGUCCGCCUCGACGAUCCAUCCACCCUCUGCUCUCUACUAUCCCAGCUCCUCAACUCGGAACGCCAAUCUCGAACCCUCCCUCGCCUCCACACCCUCCGGUGCAUCCCCAUCGAUCUCUUCCCGCACUUCACCACUCCUACACUUCGCGACGUGUGCGUCACCCCCGCACAGUUCGCGUAUGACCACCUCGCCAAUUUCGCCAGAGCGCUGACUCGGUGUCCCGCGCUCGAGCGCCUCAAGUUCUGGAUAGUCGGCGGGGAACUUGAGCGGGGCUGUGAUAACGAUGGUCAAGAGAUCGAUGGAGGUCCGAUCGAGAGCUAUCUUCCCGAUUUCGGGUCGCCUAUAUGGAACAGCGUCGAUCCAGUAACCCUGCCCGCCUUGCAAAACGUCGUUAUCAACACUGGUCUCUACCCUGUGUCGCACCGCUACCUCCGCUGUCUUUCCUUCCCCCUUUCCACCACCAUCGAAAACGCGGACAUGGCACAAAUCUGCGACUCCGACUCCAGCAGCGGAUGGAAGGCCACCGAGCUCACUACGUUCAAGGACGGCAUCGCGCUCACCCGACUCGCGCUGUCAACAUCGGAGUGGGCGGGCGCCGCACCGGACGGCCGCCGUAUUCCGCGGAACGAAGACCUAUAUUUCGACACUCGCGAAGUCCUCCGCGCUCUCCCCAAUCUCACGUCGCUUGAUAUCGCCGGCCAAUGCGUGUCAAACGUCUUGCGAGCGCUGCUCGACGGGAAGCCGAGUACAGGAGGCCGCAGGACAUCACGGUCCGCAGUGUCGGCAUCUGCGUACCCUUGCCGUCGCAUUCCCUCGAGUGCGCGGCUCCGUUCAAAAGGCGGUCGAAGCGAACCCAGCGGGAUGGGAGGAGACGAUCGGGACGAGAUUCAAAACGACUUUGGGGAGCUCGUGAAGAUGCUGAGCAGCCGAGCGUCGAGCGGUCUUCGCCUGCAACGGCUCGAGUGGCGAGUGGCGGAGUGGGACGAUGAGCUCCGGCUCGAGUUCCCUCCGACCGCGCUCGUCAGCACGUAUGUGCCACCUCCGACGGCGCCAUACGACCCGACGGAGCUGGAGAUGUUGGUCGACGGGCCGGUUGUGUUCGGCGGGGUCACCUACCAGGCCCGCCUCCCAUAA